GUUUCAGAAAAUUUAUUUACUACCAAUUCAAGACAUCGAAGGAGUGCCAAAUAAUUGUGUUGCAUCAGUUUUCUUUUAUAUUUAACUGACGGAAGCCGUAAUGAUACGAUUUAUUCUUAUCCAGAAUCGUGCAGGCAAAACUCGAUUGGCCAAAUGGUACAUGAACUUUGAUAAUGAUGAAAAACAGAAAUUGAUAGAAGAAGUACAUGCUUGUGUAACGGUACGAGAUGCUAAACAUACGAAUUUUGUAGAGUUUCGAAAUUUCAAAAUAGUAUAUCGGCGUUACGCUGGUCUGUAUUUCUGCAUUUGUGUUGAUAUACUAGACAAUAAUUUGUAUUAUCUGGAAGCAAUACAUAAUUUUGUGGAAGUUUUAAAUGAAUACUUUCACAACGUCUGCGAACUUGAUCUAGUCUUCAAUUUUUAUAAGGUCUAUACAGUUGUGGAUGAAAUGUUUUUGGCAGGUGAAAUACGUGAAACUUCACAAACUAAGGUGCUAAAACAAUUGCUUAUGCUUUCAUCUCUGGAGUGAUCAAAUACUUUCUCCACGAGUGAUUAAACAUUCUCUCAACGUCUGGUAGCUUUCCGGAUUCUCAUUCUAUGCACCAGGAGACCAUUUAUGUAUGUUUAAUUUAUUCGUUUAUUCAUUCCGAGGACAUUAUACGGUUUUUCUGAAUCUUCCUCAAAGCAAACUUUCAGUUGAUACUGUAUUUUUAUUUAAUUGAAGAUUAUCUUGACUUUCUAAUUUAAUAUUAGAAAUCUUUGGAAUGCAGCGAAUGCAUGAUCCAAAAAUAAUGUUUCGGCGAUUGACGUGGUUUUUGUUGUAUUUCACAGCAGACUGGUAUAAGAAUUUGGAAGAAAUUUUUCAAGUAUUAAAUGUUUUGGAUUAUUAAAUGUUUUGGAUUGCGCUGGAGUGGGACAAGCAUGCGGCUUAAACCAAAUGGUCCGAAAAAGAUGGAUAGUUGCGGAUGAUCGGUCCUCAUCGUUCAGUUUUUUAUGUCUCUUUUCUGUUUCCCUUUACAGUAUUUCGUUCUGUUUCAUUUCUUUACCAUAAGUUCAGAGUUUUUCACUGCCAUCUUCUGUUGCCAUUGAAUUUUUUGAUAGCAGCUUUCUGAAAUUCAUGUGGACUUGGUUUUAUUUAUUAUUUAUAUUAUGUCGCUAUAAUUCGGUGAUUGUCCCUUAUUAAAUUGUAUUGUGGUAUCAUCAUUAUAAUAAUAACUGUAAUACUUAUAGCAAAUGAUUCGAAGAAAAUAAAAAACCUGUGAGAAUGG